AUGGCUCAUAGGGCGUUUGUUCAGGUUAUAAUUACAGGUGCUCAAGUUUUUGGUAAAGCCUUUGCUGAAGCAUACAGACAAGCAGCAUCUCAAUCUGCCAAACAAGGUGCUAGAGCAGCAGCAGGUUCUCGUACAUCAUCUGCAGAAUAUGGUGGAAUUACUUUGGAUGAAAGUUGUAAGAUUUUAAAUUUGGAGGAAGAUAAAGAUAUUAACCUAGAAAAUGUUAACAAGAGAUUUAAGUAUCUCUUUGAUGUAAAUGAUAAGGAAAUAGGUGGUAGUUUUUACUUACAAAGCAAGAUAUACAGGGCUGCUGAAAGGUUGAAAUGGGAGAUAGCGGAACGAGAGAAGACUACUGAUGGAGGUGAUGCUGGUGAAGCUGGAAAUGCAGGGCCUAAGAGUGGGAAUGAAGACCAGUCCAAGUCGAUUUGA